AUGGAUUCGCGGCUAGUCAGGAGGCCAGUCCUCGAUCUUCUCUCCGGCAGAAACCAAUGUCUGCUCUCCCUCAAUGCCUCCUCACGACGCCAGCAAUCCUCAUAUCGACGGUCGAAGCAGCGCCUCAACGUCAAGCCAGACUCAUCCUUCCUCCCACACGACAGCAUUAAACAGGACCAUAUAAUCUUCAAUCCGCCCUCCUCCGCGCCCUCAGUCCUGCACACGCCGCUGAAAUUCCUCCCAAAAGAAGACAAGCGGAGACAGCUCCUCGCAGCUACAGCAUCCCGAUUCCAGACUUCUCCAUCAACACUCCCACCACCCGUACAAAAGACGCGGAGGUUUCCACAUCAUCACUUGAGCGACAAGGAUAUUGCUGAGAUUCUGCGGUUGAAGAGGCAAGAUCCGGAGGAAUGGACCAACAAUAAGCUGUCGCGGAAGUUCAACUGCUCGCAUCAUUUUAUCAGUAUUUGCUUGGAUGGGUGCGGUGCGGCCGGUGAUGCGGAGAGGAAGAAGGCUGUGGCGGAACAGCUAGAGGCUGUGAAGUCGCAAUGGGGUCCACGAAGGAGGAAGGCAAGGGAAGACCGUGAUAAGAGAAUCGAGCUGGCUCUGAAGGGAGAGUAG